CAACUUCAAAGACUCAAUUUCCGGGGAGUGAAGAAGAAGAAUAAGCAUGCUUCCGGUGUGGCCUGGUGUCCUCCGUGCAACGUUUCGUAGUUUGGGGCAAUUGUUUCAAUUAUUUGGGAUUCUGAUCUUGAGAGACUUUUAAUAUUUUUCCGUCGCACGUCGUCCGGCUGCUUAUCAAACAGAUUGAGCACUGUAUCAGCUGUUGUUGGUCCUCCUGGAGGAGACGAGCUGUGCAUUCUCCGCAUGAGAGGCGAAGAGGUGAUGCAGUGGAGGGAGGUGGGUUGCCAAUGGGAGCCUCAAGUGGGCUGGACCAGCGACGUCGCCUGUCAGAGAGAUGCCGUUGAGAGUCGGGACGUCGCCGUCCAGGUGGACCUGCUGACUCAGCAGCUUGGGUGGCGACACACAGGCACAUCCGGCAUGCCGGUUCAGUGUUCAGUGCUACAAUCUGACAGACAAAAUGGCGGAGCAGUGUUGCGCAGGAGCAAAGCCAUUCGAAAUGGCAUCAAAGCACAGACACCAUCCCUCCCCAUCCCCUCCUCUACCUCCCCUAACUCCCCACAGCUUUCCAGCACACGACCGAAGAGGAUUCGGCGUCCGCCAAAGUGGCGAGAAGACCUGCUGACACUGCCCGAGCCCCCAUCUAGUGACCGCUCUAGCAUGGCAGCAGAUGAAGAAACCACGCAGACAUCACCUGAGGCAGGUGUGUUGGCAGUGGUGAAGCUGGAGGACGACAGCAGUGUGUGCGACGUGUGCGGUCAAGUGAUGAAGAACAAGUCCAGUCUGGCCCGCCAUUCGUUUAUCCACACGGGCGAGAAACCAUUUGCGUGCCACCUGUGCGAGCUGCGCUUCAACCGCCGUGACAACCUACGAUAUCAUGUCAGCCACGUACACCCCGACGGCGUCGCCAGGCGGGAGAAGCAUCGUCCAAAGCAGACAUGGCUGUGUGACGUGUGCGGGAAGACCUUCCGCUGCAGGUCAGCGCUCAAGACGCAUGAGGUCAUCCACUUAGGGGUCAAACCUCACCACUGCGACCUAUGCCCCAAGGCCUACAUGCGGAUCAACGACCUGGAGCACCACAAGAAGACAGUGCACGAGGACGGCGGCGAGCGGACGCGUCGCUCAGGCUCGCUGCUCUGCGACUUCUGCGGCAAAGAGUUCAAGUUCAGGUCGCAGCUGGCUGCUCACCUGCAAACGCAUACGGAUGAGCGGCCGCACCUGUGCGAUGUGUGUGGACGCAAAUUCUGCCGCCAGUCCCAGCUGGAGCGCCAUAAGCUCCUCCUCCAUCCUGAUGGCGGGGAGAAUGGUGCUUAUGUGGAAGGAAUGCUGCCUUGCGAAGUUUGCGGCAGGCGGUUCAAGACCGAGGCGCUCCUCGCCACCCACUCCCGUGUGCACACGGGUGACAAACCCUUCCACUGUGGCUUGUGUCUGCGCAGGUUUGUGCGUGCCGCCUGCCUAAAGCAGCACCACAUGCGUGUGCACCUGAAAGUCGGACCGAGGGCGGUGACCCAGCCGAGCCCUCGCACACCAAAAAUAUUCCCGUGUUCUAUGUGUAGCAAGGUGUUUAAGUUCCAGUCUCUGCUGGCCAACCACACCGCUGUGCACAGUGACGAGCGACCCCACGCCUGCGACAUGUGUAGCCGACGCUUCCGACGCCUCAGCCACCUCAAGAGACACAGACGAGUGGUCCACCAUGAUGGGGCCCGCCCGCCUCAGACCUUCAUCUGCCACAUUUGCGGCAAGGAUAAGAAGUGCCGGUCGCAGCUGGCUCGGCAUAUCAUCAUCCACACGGGCGAGCGACCCUUCGGCUGCGACAUUUGCCACGCACGCUUCAAUCGCCAAGGCAACCUGCAGCAGCACAAGAAGCGAAUGCAUGGCAUAGGGAAGCCACGCGAAGACGAAGAGAUGCCCGUGCUGUUUGACGACCUCGACGGGGAUGUGGUUGUUAGCUUCAAACAGGAAGAGAUUGUGGCGAGUGAUGCGUCUACGCCCCCUGACUUAAACUCCCUUACUUCCUGUACACUCAGUGACGCUUAAAGUUGUCGCAACUUUUUGCUUGAAUUCCAAAGAUUUUUUUUCACUUGCCAGUUGAACUCAGGAAGCUGACUGGCUGAAGCACUGAAUGUUUUAAUGAAGACAACACUUAUCUCUUGCUGAUCAAUAACACACGAUGUCAUGACGUACACAAAACAUUAGCUUGAUGUGCUGUUAGCUCUUGAUGAUCAAUAAAGAUCAAAUAAAAAAGUUGCCUUCA